AUGGGGACUUAUUUGGGUAUCCCAGAAGAUAUUAGUGGCUCAAAAUGCAAGCUCUUUGCCUUCUUAAAAGACAAACUAAUGCAUAGAGUGAAUGGCUGGACAUGGCGCUGGCUCUCGAAAGGCGGAAAGGAGGUAUUGAUUAAGUCCAUUUUGCUUGCUCUUCCGACGUAUGUUAUGUCUACUUUCCUGCUCCCAUUGGAGAUAUGUGAAAACCUUGCUAGUGCUAUUGCCCAAUUCUGGUGGAGCUCGAAUCCCCCUAAGAGAGGAAUACACUGGUCGAAAUGGGAGAAAGUCUGCCUACCGAGAGAAGAAGGAGGGAUUGGAUUUCGCAUGAUUCAUGAGUUCCACCUGGCACUAUUGGCGAAACAAUUAUGA